AUGAAGACUCCAGUGCUCUUCACGUUUCUCUCGUUCACUCAAAUUCUUGUCAUCACCAUCCUCCCAUUCACAUCCGCCGACCUCGUCGACUACACAUGCAAGAAGACGCCGCACGCCGACUUCUGCAUCUCAGCUCUCCGGUCUGACCCCCGGAGCUCCACUGCCGACACCGCAACCCUAGGCCUAAUCAUGGUCGACAAGGUCGAUGCGAAUGCCGAGUCGACUGUGACCAAAAUCAAGGACUUGCUGCGCAAAUCCCCCGACCGAGGGACGAAGCAAGCGCUAACCUCUUGCGAGGAGUCGUACAAAUAUUGCAUAAGCGCCCUGGUGCCCUCGAGCAAGGAAAGUUUGACAAAAGGCGACCCCAAGUUCGCCGUGGACAACAUGAGGCAGGAGGCAAUUCAGGCAUCCUCUUGCGAGGAGGGCUUUGGAGGCAAGUCGCCAUUAUCAGGCUCAAACGAUUAUGAGAACAAGGCGACCUCUGUGGCUGCCGCCAUCGCCAGUUUGCUGCUGUGA